GACAUCAAUCCCAUUGGGUCGUCCUUAUACGUCACAGAUGUAAGAACAUGGAGGCGAUAUUUCAUGAAAAGCAAGAAGGAUCAUUAUGUGCGCAGCACUGUUUGAAUGCCUUGCUGCAGGGACCAUAUUUCACUGCCGUUGAUUUAGCAACUAUUGCACAGCGAAUGGAUUAUGAAGAGCGUUUAAGAAUGUCUGAAUCUGGUGUCGACAGCGAAGAGUACAGAAGAUUUUUGGAGCAACCUUCUGGAAAUUAUGAUGACAGUGGGUAUUUCUCAGUUCAAGUAAUAAGCAGUGCUCUUGAAGUUUGGGGUCUGGAACUUGUACCAUACAACAGCACAGAUGAACGAGCUUUGGAAGCCCAGAGAUGUCCUGGUGAAAUGAAUGCAUUCAUUUGCAACUAUCGUGACCACUGGUUUACAAUUCGCCGAUUGGGCCAGCAGUGGUUCAAUUUGAACUCCUUACUUAGUGGACCUGAACUGAUUAGUGACACAUAUUUAGCCAUGUUCCUAGCACAGCUGCAGCAAGAAGGUUAUUCUAUUUUUGUUGUGUUUGGGGAUCUUCCCGAGUCAGAAGCUGACAAUUUGUUGCACCUUGCCCCUGCUGUACAGCACGAGAAGCCUCGCCUGCUUGCCACAAUUGUGCGCAAAGUUGUUCCUGUAAGUGCUCAAGAUUCUGAAGAGGACCAGGACCUACAGAGAGCUGUGAGGCUGAGUCUGACUGACAGUAAUCCACCAAGAGUGACACACAUACCAAUAGAAAUUGAACGCAGUCUGAGUACUGACGAUACAGAGUUACAAGCAGCUCUCAGACUUAGUUUGCAAGAUGAGAGUUCAUCACGCGUCACCCCAGCUAAUAAGGAAGAAGGUGAUGCACAGUUCCAUAGAGCCUUGCAGUUAAGUCUUACCACAGACACAGCUGAUGGAGCACCACCAAUACCUCGCACUAUCAGCCAGGAUGAAGAACUGCAGCUUCAGAAAGCUCUUAGCCUUAGUCUUCAGACCAAGAUAAAUGACACUGAAGGUGAUGAUGAGCACGAGUUGCAGAGAGCUCUUCAAAUGAGUCUGGAAUGCUGUGACAGCAACGAAUGUCAGCCAGCAGAUGACAUGGUGGAUCCAGAAGAAUUGAGGAGGAGAAGACUUGCAUACCUAGAGUCUGUUGAAAAUCAGUCUUCAAACUACACAAAUCAUGCCCCAAACCAGAACCAAUUGAAUACUUAAUAUUAUAGUUUUGCCUUCAGACUCUAGUCAUUUUUUGCACAAAUUUGUUUUAAAGAGGUUGUCAGUAUUUAGCUAACCAUAAAAUCUCUGAAGAUUUGAUACCAUUGCUAAUAAACCUGUGAUCUUUACAAGAGAAACUAAUUUGUAUGGAAGUUUUAGACUGAAUUUUGUACUAAAAUAAUGUGGUUUAAUAAGUAGUCAACUAAAAGUUGACAUAAGAAACAGGAUAAAUCCUGUACCUGCCUCUUAAAACUGUAUUGCCUUUUCAAAACUGUUUAUAGCAGGUCUAACCCAUGUGACAGUUGAUGUUAAUUCAUGUGAGAGCCAUUUUCAGUGUUGUGGUCAAUUGCAGCAUGUUUUCUGAAAAAUGUAGUUAGCUUCUCAACUUGUUUAUACACCAGUUCG